CUCCCACCGAGUUCUGGAGAACGCCAGCAGCUCGCUGCUUAAAAUUAAACCACAGGGUUCCAUUAUGGGUCGACUUGAUGGGAAAGUCAUCAUCCUGAUGGCCGCUGCUCAGGGGAUUGGCCAAGCAGCUGCCUUAGCUUUUGUAAGAGAAGGUGCCAAAGUCAUAGCCACAGACAUUAAUGUGUCCAAACUUCAGGAACUGGAAAAGUACCCGGGUAUUCAAACUCGUGUCCUUGAUGUCACAAAGAAGAAACAAAUUGAUCAGUUCGCCAAUGAAGUUGAGAGACUUGAUGUUCUCUUUAAUGUUGCUGGUUUUGUCCAUCAUGGAACUGUCCUGGAUUGUGAGGAGAAAGACUGGGACUUCUCGAUGAAUCUCAAUGUGCACAGCACGUACCUGAUGAUCAAGGCAUUCCUUCCUAAAAUGCUUGCUCAAAAAUCUGGCAAUAUUAUCACCAUGUCUUCUGUGGUUUCCAGCAUCAAAGGAGUUGUGAACAGAUGUGUGUACAGCACAACCAAGGCAGCCGUGAUUGGCCUCACAAAAUCUGUGGCUGCAGAUUUCAUCCAGCAGGGCAUCAGGUGCAACUGUGUGUGCCCAGGAACGGUUGAUACGCCAUCUCUACAAGAAAGAAUACAAGCCAGAGGAAAUCCUGAAGAGGCAUGGAAUGAUUUCCUGAAGAGACAAAAGAUGGGAAGAUUUGCAACUGCAGAAGAAAUAGCCAUGCUCUGCGUGUAUGUGGCUUCUGAUGAAUCUGCUUAUGUAACUGGUAACCCUGUCAUCAUUGAUGGAGGAUGGAGCUUGUGAUUUUAGGAUCUGCAUGGUGGGAAGGAAGGCAGGCUCUUCCUAUCCACAGUGAACCUGGCUAUGAAGAAAACUCACCAAUCAUCUCCUUCCUG